AUGGGCACCGAUGAGACUCCCGUGUAUACAAUUCAACAGUUGCACGAUGCAGUGGCCAAGGGUAGGUCAUUUGCAAAUUAUAUACCCCUGUCAAAGGGGAUCUUCCUAGAGUGGAGGUUAUAUUGUCUAACAAGAUGAACAUUGACGAAUGUGAUGAGGUAGUUUUUUUUCGAAAUUUAAUGAACAAUUAGGAAGGACUGACUGCCUUACAACAAGCCUGCUUCAGGGGCAAUGUUGAACUCGCCCGAAUACUUGUUAACCACGGUGCGGACGUCAACUGGUCAAAACACAAGCAGGGAUAUACGGCCCUGAUGUUUGCCGCUAUCGUAUGCCAUCUCCCACGUUCACAUAUACUUAGUCCGGAAACCUUAAUUUAGUUUCUUUUCUCCUGUCUUGUGGUGCUUCAGUUUCUGCGACGAACUCCCUCAAUCGCACAGCUUCUGAGAUGGCUGCGUUUGUUGGUAAUUAACUAACUUCUCAUAUCUCAUUAUUUCCAGGAAACUACUUCGUCGUUGCCCUAAUAAGCAACUUUAUAGACAAAGAAAAGAUUGCUUUCUUUUCCACUCGAAAGGAGGCGAAUGUGGCGAAAAUCCCAGCUGUUCUUGUCGACCCUUUACAUUAUCUUGUCGUCCGACUGAAUUUUGCACCGGUUAAAGUAAGCCCUCUUUCUGUUUUCUUCUUAACGAUCUCGCAAAAUGAAUGUAAUCAUUCUUCACCUUUGAAUUGCCGUGAAAGCACGUCCGGGCUUUGGACCUUCAUUGUUAAUAACGAAGCAAAUUUAGCUUAAGCCUGACUCGAACUGGAACAGUUAUAGCGACUGAUGUGUUUUUAUCAAAUAUUGCUUUGUGUGUGAUGUAUUGUUAAUGAUGCAAGGAUAGUAUAUGUUAUUAUUUUUUCUGAAGACGAUUGGGGAAAAGUGCAAUCACUUAAUCAAGUUAUCCCCUUUUGGACGGUAGUGCAUGUGUCGUGUAAAUGCAACCUUAACAACACCAGCGGUGCAGUGGGUUCUUGCGCAGCUUAUCACCUGUCUUUUUAGAGUGAUUCUAGGAAACGUCCUCCGGUUGCUGGUCGUCAGGCCUUUAGCAUUAUAAGGACGAAACUAAGUACUUAAGCCAAAAUGGGACCAUUCGUUCUGUAGGGCUUUCUGUUAUUUACUCCGCAGCGCUGUGUGACUUUUAGCUCAGAUCGUAUGUAAGUGUAAGCGACAACGGCAGCAACACUAAGAUGACAGCUUGUUGCAUAUUUGCGUCGUAAACUAUUGGUAGCCCAACUUCAGGUUCCGGUGGGCUUGAGCUUCGAACUCAUACAGGCAGAACUGAUUGAACUCGUCAUGCGACCGCCCGCGUGGAUUACAGCCUUAUGACGAAAGGAUAAAUCGGCGUACGCCACUCUCCUGAGACAGGUGUUUUUUAUUGUCGUGAGGAAAGACCGCACACGAUCGACCUCCAUCUUCAUGAAAAAAAACCGCGUAAGUCGCGCUGACCAAGGAUAUGGCCGAAUACGGUGGAUGACAGGGCACAUGUUUGAUCCUUGUUUGAUGCAGCCGCACUGUCUAUUUUUGACACAAAUAUCCUGUGCGCAUUAGUAGUAUGCAGAGGCCGUAAGACAGAACGAUUUAAGUCUACUCUCCAACACGGUCUUUUUUUCUGCCAAUCCUGCCGCAGGAAUUACUGACUUUUUCUUAGAAAAACAACUCAUGCCACCGCCUAAAGGUUGACUAUGGCUGAUUAUUUUCCCCCAAAUUGCAUAGACGGUACUCAGUAAAGGGAACAGUUAAACGUGGCGAGUUCCCCGUCAUCCCGACAUGCGCCAUUCAGUUUACAGCUUGCAGUCUUCGAUAAUUAUGCUGCAAACAACAAAUGAAUCCUCAAUGUUGUUGUUUGGUGACAAACCACCACAUUACGUUGAUAUAGUCUAAAUGGCCGCUGGUUUUGUGGGAGCCACUUGGUAGUGCGAUGAUUUUUUGUAGUUUGUAAGCCUGAAAGUGGGCGUUUCGAUAAUCCCCUCGCAGCACGCAAACUCGGGGCUCCAAAAUUGUGCCGAAUGGCUGUGGGUGAAGCCUUGCCUAAGGGUAGGCAGUUUCCAUCAUGCUAUAACACCUUUAGAGCUUGUAACCGUUUCCUGGGUGGCAGAUUCAUCAGAUCGGUGCCCAACCACACUGUAUGUUCUUUGGCUGCUUAUUUGUUAAACCUGAGCGCCUGCACAUUUAACAGCUAGUCCUCUCGGAAGGCUCUCCAUUACACACAAUCCCCGUGGCCGCCAGCCAUGUCUUUUCUUCCAGGGUUCUUGCCAUGUAAAACCAAAACCCUCCCUGACUCCAAGGCUACCGACAGUAGGUUGACCCUUGUGAACCAAAUGUAUUACCACUGAUAAAACCCAGACUACACAUAGUACAUUCAUUUUAGAGCAGUGAAAUGCUAACCUUCCACUGACUACUCGCCUAGAGUAGGACGGGAGCUAAGAUUUUGCUCUUAAUCGGCCCCCCAUUCUAUGACCCCUUCUACCGUCAUCUGCCCGCAAGAUCCUGGGGUAAAACCAGGGUAUUAUAGGUGAUCAUUUAGUCAAUAACCAUAUCAACUGGACUAGGUCCCCGCGUCCUGUUGACUGAGAUUUGGCCUUUCCUAACGAGCUUUCAUUUUCGACUUGACUCCCAUUCUGAUGAUUUCAGAGGAGUGGCGGAUAAUGGCUAAUGAGCCAGGAACGGUCAUUCCAGUCUCUGUGCCUUUGUCGGCAAUUCGUUCUGAUGACUGAUUUUGUUUCGUACAGAGCGUUGACAAGACGCUUCGCAAACCUGGCAGUCGUGAUGAUCCUUCUUGGGAAAAACACUAACGUACUUUUCCUCGAAAAAAUGAGAAAGUACUCAUGAUCGUUCUUUAGAGAUUGACUUCAUCUUGAAAAGCGGCCUGUAUGAGAAUUCAUAAGAUACUUUGCUGGAAUGCAUGUUUGCCUUCAUGCUCGCAAGCUUCUCGAUUUCAUUGACUAAUAGGGCUGCCCAUUUUAAAAACACACAACCAUCUAUCAGUAUGUUUCAUGGCCGCCAACGAGCCAGUGGGUUUAUUGACGUUCCCACCUAAGCGCGGUCUAUGCGACCCUAAAUCAGUAUUUGACAGGGAGAAGUCAAGGCAGGAGGUCGUACGGGGCCGCCGGUUAUCGCGCCAAACGAGGGCCAGAAAGGAUAAAACAGACCACAGCCGAACGGAGGUCCAUGUGCCACUUGCAGUCGUUAUUGGGAAUGCGCGCGUCGGGCAAGGUACAUGCGUAACCCACGGGAUUUUAGUUGGAGCCCUGUGCUUGACUCCACUACUUGAUACGUCACUCUAAUAUCCAAAUUGCCCAAUUAUUCUAAACGCCUUCUCGGGAAAGGUCUCUUGAAUCGCAACCUGACUUUUUCUGCAUAUUUUUCAUUUUCGCUCAAUUUUACCCUCUCUGCGACCCCGCGCCAAGGUUACUCACGGAAGUGUCAGCAGUGUUUAGAAAUUGAGCCAUCAAGGGUCGGGUCACAAGUUUCGUGUACCUGAAAGCAUUCCUCUGCAUUGAGGUACACACCUUGAUAGGGGAUAGUAGGACUUGUGACCAUCUUGCCAUCCCGUGGAUACACUCAAGUACUUGGAUGGCGAGCUGGCAAUGCCCCACACCUCCUCUUCUGAUGGGUCAUUUUUUUGGAGCCAGUGACGCCUCUCUAUUUCCCGUUUAUCUUUGCAACCUACCGCAUAAGCGUAUUUGGCAGGCCCGGCAACCCUCAGCAAACACCGUCACUACUGAGACAUUACAACUUUCGUCUUUCGCAGGUCUUUCUCUACCUCUCCUCGCCGACUGGCAAACCGCUGCUGGAGCAGUGGAAGUCGGUUGUGUCGGUGUUGGAGGAACUGUUGAAGCAGUACUUUACGCCACAUCAGACGCACGAGGCGCUGGCCUUAAAAUUCCACCUGCUUGCCUGCUGCGUAAGGCGCGCUGGCGAAUUCUACGAUUCCGAGUGCUCCAAGCCGCAGGAGGGGGAACAGAAGGAGCCUGCCAUCUGCCUGGAGCCACUGAUCAAACUGUUCCUACGCGGAGGGGACCCCCACGGCCUGCCGAUGGGUAUUUCUCUCUCUCUCUCUCUCUCUCUCUCUCUCUCUCUCUCUCUUUGACUUUGCGUGUUUCUUUUAACCAUCUCACUUCUCCACCUGCCAGGGCUAAUUUGCCAGCUGGGGGUGCACCCUUUUUCAUCACUCACAUAGUGUUAAUGACUGCAAAUCCGCCCGACUCGUUUGCGUUCCCCAAGGCACAUACGGAUGUAGCGGAAAUAAGACGGUUCUAAUCCUAGCAUGGGUCUUGCCGAGUUUCAGGACAGCGACAUUGUUCUGUUUUGCUGUAGUGUUCAAAUCAAUUCACAUUGGUGCUCGCUCCUAAGCCGUGGAGGCUGAUGGGAGGCUGACGAGACUCGUAAACUUGAUCAGGGCAUUCUAGGAACUUAUUUGCACGGAAUUUCAAACAAAUUGUGGGUCAGUUAGUGUCCAUUCGUGCUAACAGCGCUCUGGCGACAACAGUUCGCGCGCUCCUCAUGAUAAUGUACUAUUUGCGCUAGCCGCCGUACUCGACAGUCAGAAGAGAUUCUUGUUUCUUCGUCCUUGGGCAUCAAAACUCACCGAUCCUCGGAGCUACUGCCUGUCGCCUUUGCGCUAAAAGCCCACCGCCUCAGACGGUUCGAUCACGCUCUCUGCCGACUGGGAGAGGAUAUCAAAGCCGAAAGUCUUAACGCAUAUAACUCCAUUUGGACGACGAUUGCUGCAUACCCAAACAACAAUUGCGGGACAUAGACCACGCCAUUGAUAACUACCUCUAAUAGGCAUACGCACCGUGAAAAAAUAAGCAAUAUUAUAGUUUUCACAUUUUUGACAGCUCGAACGUCGCCAGAAACAAAGUCCAUGGUUUGCCUCACAGAAUGAACGCAGCAGUGGUGACCUGUGCGUGAGUUAUUUUAUGCUGGAGCAAAUUUAUGCAACAUCCAUCGCACUCUUCCUCCAUUCGCCCUAUUCGAAUGGGAAGACAGUGUCAAGGCAAUCGGAGGUGGACGUGAACGCAAUGAUUGACAAAACCAAAGCCCUCUACGCAUGCCACACACGUGCCCGAUUGCAGCGAGGACGGUUCGGAUCCCGCGUGCAUGAGAGUGCCACAAAGAGCACAUAAAGAACAGGCCAUUACAGUCGGCCUCAAUCCUGAGAUUGAUAAAAAUAAAGCCCUCUACGCAUGCCACACACGACCCGUAUUCCACCGUGUGUGCUCGGUUGCUGCGAGGACGGUUCGGAUCUCGCGUAUGUACCACAAAGAACAAGCCAUUACAGCCGGCCCCAAUCUUGAGAUCAGUUGUCAACCUCCUAAGCCACGACUGAUAGCACGUCGUUAUAGAUUCAAGCUUGUCAGAUUUACUGUAGCCGAGAAUCCGCCGGUGUGAUGUGUGGAUGGUCUUCCCAGUGUCUACUUCACUCUCCCAUCCACCAGUCGAUUGCCUGAGCCUGCCAAUCAACCGGAGGUGGGGUUGAAUGCAGUGGCUGACGCGCUUUAAACGUCUACAUCUAGAGCACGUCUCCAUACGCGGAUGCAAGGUUGUAAUUCUAGACCCGCCCAGAAUCAGCGCAACCCUGUAGGCGCGUACCGUGGGCCAGCGUGACGACCGUUUUGUUCUCCGUUGUGGGGUCUUAAGUGUAUAUAUACGCAUUUAUUGAUAACAUAGCAACUCAUAACAGGAAUACCUGACUGCUCCAAAAGGCGUUAAUCACAAACACCUCUUAGGUACUAGACAAAAGCCCAGACACGUGUUUGGCUACUUUUGUCUGUUAGAGCACGAUAUGACCCUUGAAAAUCACGGUGAUGUUGCUAAAUGUCUCAACUUAUAAAGAGGAUAGAUACGUUGCCAAGGCAGGCUACAUAUGCGACCCUCUGGUACUUCCCGUUCUAUUCGGUAGUGCGUCGCGGCUGGGGAUUGUUAGGACGUUUUUUCCGGUGAGGUCUUCCGUUUAUAAUAACAAACCGCGACUUAAAAGUCUCAAGUGUUUAAUUAUUAUUCUAAAAGCGUCAGUUUUCUAGUCCGAUUGCAGGACAAAGCAUGCCGCCGUUUCCGGCAUGUUAUCCAUCAUCACCAGCCGCAUCUCAAUCUCAGGGCACAGGGCGGAUUAAGGGGGGCUGACAAAUCGACGAUUUACUCCGCACUUGGUCAGCCUGAAGCAAUAAAGAUAGAACAUGCGUGAGCCAAGAUUCGCGUGGUAAUUUAGUAUCCCAGGGGUCGGGAGCCGAAACUGUUUCGAUGACUGUCCACCGCAGCGGAUAGCGCAACUGCAGUUGUUCGGUUGCCUGAGUAUUACAAGUGGUGCUCAUUCCGGCUGGACGUAGCGUAGGUACUGAAGAUCAUGACAAGUUGGCCGAACUCCGCCAACAGACUGCUUUUUAAAAUUUUGCAACAUAUGGAUUUGUCCGAUCAGCAUUUUAAUUUAUUCGUUUGCUGAAUGAAAUUGCUGGUUAGUGCUAAGGAAAAUUUUAACAUUUACACAGUCGGUUGGCAAUUCCUUGUAGUUCCGGUUGUUGGAGCACCAUGCGGAUUCGAGAGCUUCGCGAUUCGAGUCCGUUCUAGGGGGGCACUUGUCUUCCUGGUGUAUGAGGUCGUAAUUACACAGUCAUGCCUCGCCAAAAGAUAAUUGAUUCUUCUUAUAACUACAGACUACGUCGGGUUACAUCCAUGUAGUUCGCCUCAGAAACUUCCGUUAACUGACCUGGCGACGGUCAUAUAGGCUUUCUGUCUAGUGUUUGAUGAACUUCUUGAAGUCGUGGAGCUGCGUCCUUCGACGUGGAGCUGUCGAGAAUGCUGGGAAGCAGCGGCGAGAAGUUAGUCCUGAGCUCCUGAACAAGUAGGCUGCCAGUGCUCAAUUCCUUCACUCUACACCCCCGCUGUCAUCGCGCACUCAGAACUUGUAGGACACCUUCGCAGCUCCCCGCAAGAACGACAGACCAGCAAACCAUAUUUCUGCAUAAAUUCUCGCUUUUCUACAGAACUAGACUGCUGGCAAAUUUGGGGAAUUUCCGAGGACGCCAUAACUGGUCGGACCGCGGGGAGAGAGGGAAAGGGGCGUUGCUAGGCCUUCGCAUUCGAAUGGACAGACACAAAUUCAUCAGUCUCUGCCACGCCCAUUUCUUCACUCCCGCCCGAAAAAAACACUUUGCCCAUCCUACGUCGAGAUAAUGCCCUAGGCGUGGAUAUUUGUGGCCAUCACACACUGUGGGCGUUUCCGUGGCCAUCCUGUCGCCUCCUUUUCGUGCUCACGCGCACAUGUCGCUCGUCCGCCGAGAGAAAGGGGGGGGGGCAUGGGAGGAACUGUCCCCACCGAAGGCUAGCUACAAAGUUUACAGGCCCUAAGGUCCGAAGAAAAGGUAGCCGCGGUAAUCCCUUCAGGAGUGGUUGGGCACCGUUACCGUCAGUAAGAUCACAGGCCAUAGGGGACAAAUGUUGACUGUUAUUAAGUUCGGCCACAGUCGUUGCGGUGCGGCGCGCUCAUGAAACCCUAAACUUCUGUGUCGGAGGCGGAAGGAUACUUCCACCUUGGGAUCUCAGUCCCACGCGAAGUCAUCCAUCCACUAUGCUGCCAUUCUCCGCCGGGAUCUGUUGUGUUUAUGGACGGUCGCAGAACCCCGGUCUAUGUUCUGAAAGGUUUCGCAGCAGACGGAAUAACUAGUUCCCCCCGCCCCCCUUUGCAACGAGGGUUAGACUCCAGUGAUUUCCACUUGAUGCGGCCUCUAUAUCGCCCCGCGUAUGUGAGGUCCGUACACCGAGUUGGAAAACCCGUUACCCACAGUAAGGCCACGAAUGUUUUUUUUGAUUUGCAAGACAAAGUCGAGAUGCCUAGAGAUGCUCCUGGGCGUUUGACCGACGAGAUUUAAAUCACAUCUGCGCCCUCUGUGGAAACACUCGCCUCCACGCUCACACGAACCGGACUUCAAGAAGGAGGUAUUCUAUCUGCGACUGCACUGUCACGUAAGGAUACAGGCACUGUAAUCUACCUAUAAUUCCAAAGGGGGAUUGAGCCAUUCGGCCAGUUGUCAACUCUCAAACCAUGAUGGUUAGCACAUGCUAAUUGCAAAGCGCAUUUGGUUAUUACUCGUAAAGAAAUUAGGUAGUGAUGGGAUAAAUAGUUCCUCUGCAACGUGGGUUAGACUCCAGUGAUUUUCACGUAUGUGAGGUCCGGGUAGAGAUUUGGAAAAUCGGUUCUCUCCAGUAAGGCUACAAGCCAUAAGGGUAUUAGAAUGAGACGAAUGGUAACCGCUAGCUAUUCUGUAGACUUGACUCUGACCACUGAGAGAAGGAAGUGAGAGUGAGGAUUGAGCUCUCCGACGAGGCGAAUGAGAGGCUGUUCGUCCUGAUAAAGUUACAUUCAGACAUCAAGAACACGUAAAAAGUGGUUGUUUCCGAAACAGCCAAGAUAAUUAUUUUACUUUUUAAACAAUCAGUUUAGAUUGCGCAAAUUGCCCUCCAUGUAGUAUGUUACUAAGUCAAGUAACGAUAGUUUCUGAGAUGCAGAUCACACUGAAUGAGAAAUUAGGUACUGGGUCCCCUUGAAAGUGACCUUGCCCUCCCCAUGACCUCCGUUCCCAGUUGCAAUUCGGACUAGCAACAAGGUUGGGCACAGUAAUCGAAAACUCUGUCUAGCGCGUGUUCCCUGCAGCUACUAGUGUGCAUGGUAUCGCCGCCUAUUCGGCGUUUCACAGGCAAGUCGAGACACAACUCAGUGGUAGGGGGUGCUCACCGAUCGUUCCUACGGAACUCACUCAUUCCGUUGUGCCUUACGGACUCUCUCUCGAACCCAACCAGCGGCCGCACAGCGGCGCAUGAUAUAGGCAGAAUGACAUUACCGACAAAGACAAGGGAGACUGCAAUGGCUAUUUCUGGCUUAUUAGCCGUCGUCAGCCAGCCAUACCCAACCCCGAAGUGUUGAACACCCGAGGCUCGAACUCGCGACCUGUUAGUUGGAAGUCCACGCCCCUAACCACUGGGCCACGAGCCCGUUGCCCUGUCGGUUUCCAUCGGGAAUAUACAAUGGCGGAUGGCGGCUAAUGAGCCAGAAAUGGUCAUUCCAGUCCUCUUUGUCUUUGUCGCUAAUACCAUUCUACCGAUAUCAUGCGCUGCUGUGCGGCUGCUGGUUGGGCUCGAGAGAGAGCCCAUAAGGCACAACGGAAUGAGUGAGUUCCGUAAGAACGAUCGGUGAGCACCCCCUACCUUUGUGUAUUCCACAUCGAAAACCAACAGGGUAACGGGCUCGUGGUCCAGUGGUUAGAGGCGUGGACUUCCAACUUACAGGUCGCAGGAUCCAGCUCCAGGUGUUCUACUCUUCGGGGUUAAAUAUGACUGGCUGAAGAGGGUUAAUAAGCCAGAAAUGGCCAUUCCAGUCUCCCUUGUCUUUGUCAGCAAUGCCAUUCUACACACAACUCAGUCCCCCUGACUGGUAACUGGCAUGAGGAUCGCUUUGGCCAUUCCCCCAUUUACGAAAAUUGAAUGAAUUAGUCCUUAAUCUCAUUUGAUUUCUUUUUUGGAUUUUCGGAUAUACCCGACGAUGGAUCCGAGGACAAGGCCCAAAAAUCAGAUUAAGUAACGACUGUUUCAGUGGUUUAGAUCGUACUAGAUCAGACUUGUAUAACGAAUCAAAAACCACUGGGGUAUCCAACUUUAUGCAGUCGGCGAAGACUUUCCUGGCAGCUAACACGUCAAAGGACUUAGCCAAGUGCAGAUUCGGAUCCGUUUUCGGCUGGUUUGACUUCGCGUUUAUUAUAGCCUGCAGCAGUAAACAGCGGGCACUGCUUAAGUGAGCCAUGUUUCCACAACAGUAGAUCUGAGCAAGGUACAGUGCGUUACCUAACUCAUGAAAGGUUUCGAAAUUUACGAAUGAUUACCAAUCAAUCGCAAACCGACACCACUUUAUGAGUCCAAUGUCUAUGUUAAUUAAGCACAAGUUUAAAAGAAAUAAAAACAUAAAAGAAAUAUUAAAGGCAGUGUUGCGUUGUUAAGAAAUUCUAAUUUUUUUAGACAAGCGCAAUAUCCCGAAAACGUCAAAAUGGCUCUAAUUUGGUAAACUUCGUUUUUAGAUGUAUAUAAUGUAUUCUCAUACCAAAGACGUAAUGAAUAUGAAAGUACAAAUAAAGUGACGUUUAAUAAUACUGUUUCAGGGAAGUUUACAUCUAAAUAUCGUUUGCGAAUUAGUGCGGUUAGUGGUCAACUGCGUACAUUCUGAGUGUAGAUUCAAAAACAGUUUUCUGGGGAUUCGUGAUAUUCUUGACUCCUCUGAGUCGAAUGAGAUGGGGUUUAACAAGAGGAACUGGAUUUUGCUUGAUUUCACCGAUGGGGACGUCGUAGGAACAACAGUUUUCAUAAGGUGACAUGCUGUCAGGCCGAUCGGUGCCUGAUAAACUUAAAUAGAACUGACAUGCGUGAUCGUAAACACCAUUUUGUGUUUGUAAAAAGAACUUUUUUCCGUUAAAUUAAUUUACACUUUUCGUUUGUUUUGAAUUACGCUGAGUUUCAGAUCGGUCUCGCAAUAUUGCUGAAUACUUCAUGAUAUUCAGUGUUUUUAUCCGAUCGUCCAUAAAGACAUAUUCUGAAUUACCUGUCCGUUAAAAACUUGAAAAUAAGAUAAUUAUUGAAGGCGUUUACCGAAUUACUGAGUAUUUGGACACUCCUUUUCACGAAGAAGGUCGUUUGGAUCACAUGUAAAUACUCAUUCAAACAGCAAACUUUAUUUUUGAAAAAAAUGGCUGGCCACAACGAAAGUUGACAACGAAUAUGCCUUCGAUCAAUAAAAAACUUUCCCUUAUAAAUUACCUCUUUAAGAAGUGCUUUAUUACUUCACUCCGUUGACGGAUCUCUGUGUAAGUUGCACUUUUGCACUGUGAGGCCAAGAAAAAAUUUGACACUUUUGGUCGUUUUUUUCACGUUUCUAAACAGGGCUAAUAUUUUUCAACCGUAAACAUAAGAACAUGCCUUUCUCUAUACGUUGAAGCCAUCUCCACUAUUUUUGCUCGCUUUUAGACCCCGUUUUUCGAUUUUGAAUGCACGGCAGAGCGCCCAUAUAAAUGCUGAUUUUUGCUGAAACUAUUAAUUUGUGCUCGUUCUAUUUCUAAAUAAGAUAUGCACCGAAGCUAAACUACAUGACAAGUAGCGUUUCAUCUGUUCAAAACUGGAAAUAAGCAUUCGGUGGCGCUCAUUUAUGUGACAUCAAGUACAGUUUCCCAAACAGCGAAUCAAUUUCAGCCUAUUUAAACAAGGGCAUCCUUGCCAGCGUUAUUACUGCACUUUAGGACACCAAAUCGCACAGAUCUGAUGUCUUUUAGGAAUUGAUAAAACCUGGGAUUUUUAAAAAUAAACUUUGUGUUAGCAAGUUGGUUACCACGGUUAGCAUCGGGCAUAAAAUAAAUUUUCAAGUUUGGCUUAAUCUGUUUAUUAGAACUCUCGCGGGUAAAUUACUCUACUUUCAAUGAAAAACUCGCUCAUAUGCGUUAUCGGAGUCUAGGGCAUGUAUUAGCAUAGGUAAUUGCACGGAUGUAUUGCAACGUCCAUUUUCGCUAAAAUUUAUUAAUAUUUUGCUUGGCAUAAUUAUGCGAACACAAUUUCUGCACAAGAAAAAGACAUUUCACCGAAGGAAGUGGAUGAGCGGACAAAAUGCGCAACGUUAAAGGCGUCCAGAAAUUCUCACAUCAGUUUCCGUUAUCAGGUUUCAUUAGAUAGGUCCAGUGCUGUAUGCAUCUCGUUACACCCUCGUUGUGAUCCGCAUAUUAACGAGCUUGUGCUCUUCGCCCUGUCCCCUCCCCCUACCGCCCGCAGGCCAAGAACGCUUCUUGCGCAGAUCUAUCUCCACCUUCCCUCGCAUGGAGUCCACCCUCUGGCAGCAGGUGGUACGUCAAGUGAGCGAUGUGGAACCCGGUCUGAGCCCCACGGCGCUGUCCAUCCUGGAGAACAGCAUCAACGGCCUCUCGCCCUUCUCACGAUCCGCCACCGGCCGCGGCCUAGACACCGAGCCCUGCGCCACCUGUGCUGACAUGGGCGGUGGCGGCUCUGAGGUGCAGGUGAAGCGCUGCUCUCGUUGUCGUGAAGUCGCCUACUGUUCCACCGCCUGCCAGCGUCUGCACUGGUUCACCCACAAAAAGUACUGCCCCAUCCUCAAAGGUUUGUUUACACCGCCACAAGGGUCACUUUUAUCCACCGUAUGUAACCCUCCAUUCGCUGCACCUCUUGCCUGUUGGGUUUUUCUGCGGGCUAUCCGACGCUUCCAUAGUGAGGCUGUAAAUAGGUCGACUCCCAGGUCUGAAUAUUUAUCAGCCAGGUGUUCGGCAGCAGUAAUACCUUCGAGCAUAACUAGGCCCCCGACAGGGCAAAUCCUCUACCACUCUUCUGCUUCAGUCUUAUUUGCUUUCUAUCCACCGUAUACAGUCUGUCAUUUACGACACAUGUUUACAGCCGCCUGCUUUGACGCUAGUUGCAGGGGCCUUUAGUACCUCAGCUUCAUAGGUUUUUUUUACGACUAGCAUAUUUAUGAAGCCUUUCGAAGGAAAAUACUGGCCUACCUGCGGACUUCCCCGUGCUUUAACGGUGAAUUGGCCUUCAGUGAAGACUGAGUGUUAAACACACCGGCUCACAAGUCUGACGGUUAAACCGUCAAAGACCGCGGUGGCAAUAGCUUCGAGCGCACCUCGGCACCUGUUACCUAGUCAAGCGGUAUUACGGCCUUUCUAAUGUUGCUCCACUAGGACUGAUUGUAAGUCUCGUUUCACUUUAGUGCUCAUCAAGGCGCCUUAUCGCCUGUCAACUGUUUUCGAACCUAGAAGUGUGCUUAUUAUAUGAGGCGUCCGAAACAAGAAAAUAACUAAUAAACUGAUGAACUGGCUCCUUGAUAACUGCAUAUAAUCCCAUCGUCUCCCGAAAGAGCGUCACAUGUCAUGGACUGUGCCGGGCAAAAAUUAUUAUAUUAAAGUCAAACGGACCGCUGAAGCGGUCGUAAGUUUCUUCUCGCCAGUUCAUAUUACAACUUACUGGCAGACUGUCACAUCAAGUGAUUGACCAGUUGAGUCAGCUGCCGCGAACGGCUUCCUGAAGAACGACCCAGUUGGCUGACCGCCACCGAUAGGAUCUGUUUUACGCGCUCAUCGGGGGGCAGUUAGCCAGCUAGGAAGGACCGCCUUUCACCCCGGCCGAUGCGAGACCAGCAACCUCUACUUGAAGAGUUGGUUCUUCUGCGUGCGGCACCAUUCACCCACUGGACGCGGGCCAUAGUUAUUCGCUCCUCAUGCCUUUCGGACGACUUGUUAGAGGGGUGGCUUCGCGUAGGACCAUUACUCACAGAUGGCCGGCUGCAUCCCGUCCUCUCUCAUCUGCGGCUAGUUCAUGGUUCGAUUUCGUCACCUGUCCGUCUGCCGGGCAGUAUAUUUUACUUGUAAUAGCUGUUUGCUGUUGAUGCUUCAUUGACUUUGCCACCGCAUUCGAUUCCCUUCAUCGUGAGUCCCUGUGGCGGAUAAUGGCGCAAGAUGGUGUACCGGCAAAAAUAAUCGCCAUGAUCAAGGCCUAUUAUCGCUUUACUACUGCGAGAGUCCUGGUCCGCAACAAUCUUCCCCAACCGUUCGGUAUUCGGUCGGGCGUUCUACAGGAUUUUAUCACGUCACCCAUUCUGUUCAGCUGGAUCCUCGAGAGGACCCUACACGAGGGUGACGGCGUUGAGUUUGCACCCGCGGACACCGACUGACUGAUCUCGACUAUGCCGAUGAUAUCGCCUUACUUGCCUCAAGUUUUGGUGAUCUGCAGUCUAUGGUGUCACGGGUGAGCGAGGUCGCUAAGUCGGUUGGUUUAUCCAUAAACGCUGGGAAGACCAAAGUGUUUUCAAGCUGCAUCCCUGACCAGGAGAAGGCACCCCUCGGGAUUGAUGGCUGUCAACUUGAAGAAGUAGACAGUUUUAAAUACCUUGGGGCGAGGUUUUUUGCCUAAUGGACAGAGUAAGGACGACGUUGUCUCCCGAAUCGAUGCUGCCCGCUUCGGAAAUGCCUAUGGAUCCGAUGUGACCUCUCCAUCGCCACUAAGAUUCGCGUGUAGCUUGCAUCUGUCCGAUCUGUCCUUCUCUACGGUUGUGAAUGCUGGGCUUUGCGCGUGGAGGACGAGCGAAAACUGGAGGUAUUUGACCACCACUGCUUGAGGACCAUCCUUCGAGUGAAGUCCGCCGACUUCGUUUCAAAUGAGGCAGUCCGCGCUCGCUGCGACAACAUCGCUAGGAUAACUUAGGCCAUCCAAGGAAGACGACUGAGGUGGUCCAGGCAUGUUCUUCGUCGUCCACCUGAGGAGCUCAGUGUUACUGCCCCGGAUCCGGCACCGUCACCCCAUUGGAGGCUUCAAAGAGGGGGUCAGUUCAAAAUCUGGCUCGACGCAGCUCGUCAAGACAUGUUCUUGUACCUUCAGUAUUCGGUCUCCGUCGUUGGCGAAGGGAAUGGAUUGAGCUGUCCAGAUCUGCUGCCACGGAUCAUCAGGCAUGGGGAGGUACAGUUCGUGACAUCAUCGAGGCUGGCUAGAUCAAACAUGAUCGCAGCCGUACAGGUGCGGAGGGUAAGUUUGGUCACGGGAGUCAACGUUUGAUCCUAUUCAUCUAAACUUACACCAUUAGAAGUCAUUACAAACGUAAUAACUGCAUUCAGAAUUGGCUAGUCUUCAUCGUAACAUUGUCUACGCUGGUUUCCUUGGUCAUUUCGCGUAACCAGAGUCAGUCUACCUUGAGUGAUAUUAACCAGUUUUUUUAACAUCAGUUUUCAGUGAAAACGGUUAUUUUUCCGCGCUUGAGACGGCUGCAAAAUGGUGUUAUAGAUGCGUUCUCAGUACUGAGCUUGUGCGUUUGACUCGGACAUUUGUGUAACGAUUUCACUCUAAACGACCAAGUACGUAUCGUCAGUGUGGGUAUUUCUGUCGAGCCUAUGUUGUGUCUUGAUAGUGUUAAGCGCAUUUGUUUUAAAAGGUAUUGUAUUACUACUACUACUACUACUACUACUACUACUACUACUACUACUACUACUACUACUACUACUACUACUACUACUACUGCUACUACUACUACUACUACUACUACUACUUCUUCUACUACUACUACUACUACUACUACUACUACUAGCACCAGCAUGACUACAACUUGAAACCCUACUUUUCGGGUUUUGGGCAAAUUUUACGACCACAGCCGUCUUUUUCUCUCCCAUAGAGCAUCAUGAAGCCGUUGCUCGCCACAACGCCGAACUGGCGGCAAAGAAGGAAAAGACCGCGCCGCCACCAGUGAGACACGAAGUCGCCGCCGAGCUGCAAGCAGCCUUCAAUGGACAAGAACAGACCUAG